UAGCGGCGAGGGGGGGAGGGGGGGCGAGAGAGAGAGGGAGACGGAGAGAGGAACUCGCUUCAGCCUCGGAGACGACAGCUGCCCAUGAAGAUGUCCAACGCUGACUCCGUCUUAAACCCCACCGAUCGGGUGGUCAAAUCUGUCCCCUUCCCCUUGAGCCACCGCCUCACCAUGAAGGAAGUAUUCGACUGUGAAGGCAAACCUCGCGUGGACCUCCUGAAGGCCCACCUGACCAAGGAGGGCCGCGUGGAGGAAGCCGUGGCGCUUCGGAUCAUCAAUGAGGGCGCCGCCAUCCUCCGCCAAGAGAAGACCAUCCUCGACAUCGAGGCUCCAGUCACAGUCUGUGGGGACAUCCAUGGGCAGUUCUUUGACCUAAUGAAGCUGUUUGAAGUGGGAGGAUCGCCGGCCACAACGCGGUACCUGUUUCUCGGGGACUACGUCGACCGUGGCUACUUCAGUAUCGAGUGUGUUUUAUACCUUUGGUCGCUGAAAAUCCUCUAUCCAAAGACUCUAUUUUUACUUCGUGGAAAUCAUGAAUGUAGACAUUUGACAGAAUAUUUCACCUUCAAACAAGAAUGUAAAAUCAAGUACUCAGAGCAGGUGUAUGACUCAUGCAUGGAUGCAUUUGACUGCCUUCCUCUGGCUGCACUCAUGAACCAGCAGUUCCUGUGUGUCCACGGUGGCCUCUCACCUGAAAUACACACCUUAGACGACAUUAAAAAGUUGGAUCGGUUCAAGGAGCCGCCGGCGUUCGGGCCCAUGUGUGACCUGCUGUGGUCGGAUCCUCUGGAGGACUUCGGCAACGAGAAGACACAGGAGUAUUUCAGCCACAACACGGUGCGAGGCUGCUCCUACUUUUACAGUUAUCCAGCUGUCUGCGAGUUCCUGCAGAGCAAUAAUUUAUUAUCCAUCAUCCGAGCACACGAAGCGCAAGAUGCCGGCUACCGGAUGUACCGUAAGAGUCAGACCACUGGGUUCCCAUCCCUCAUCACCAUCUUCUCAGCGCCUAACUACCUGGAUGUUUACAAUAACAAAGCUGCUGUCCUGAAAUAUGAAAACAACGUGAUGAACAUCCGACAGUUCAACUGCUCACCCCAUCCCUACUGGCUGCCCAACUUCAUGGACGUCUUCACCUGGUCUUUGCCGUUCGUUGGGGAGAAAGUCACGGAGAUGCUGGUGAACGUGCUGAGCAUCUGCUCCGAUGAUGAGCUCAUGAAUGAUGAAGAUGAGAUCUUCGAUGCAAACGCAGCAGCAGCUCGCAAAGAAGUGAUCAAAAACAAGAUCCGUGCUAUAGGGAAAAUGGCCAAAAUGUUCUCAGUUCUCAGAGAGGAGAGUGAAAAUGUGUUGACGCUGAAGGGCCUGACGCCCACCGGCAUGCUGCCAAGCGGGGUUCUCUCUGGAGGCAGACAGACGCUGCAGAGUGCCACCAUUGAAGCCAUUGAAGCCAUCGAGACGCAUGAUGAGGACAGAGAAGCUAUCCGUGGGUUCUCCCCGCAGCACAAGAUCACCAGCUUUGAGGAGGCAAAGGGCUUAGACCGCAUCAAUGAGCGCAUGCCACCCCGCAAGGACGGGGUGAACCAUGUGGGUCACUCCAUGGGCAAGAUGAAUAUGUCAGAGGCAAAUGGCACAGAAGACAACAGCAACAUCCAGUGAUGUGCUGUCUGGGCCUCAGAACCGUGCCACCACUGCGCUGUGCAGCAAGACUUUGCUUGAUCGGAAAUUCAGGCCUCAGAACUUAGACAUAAAACAGGGCCGCAGAUAGAAGAUGAAAUCUGUGGCAAAUCUAAAAACAGGUGAAACAGUCAUUUAUUUCAUGACAAAGUGUCAUCGCACUGUUGGGGGAGGGGGGACGUGGGGUUUGCAAGAACCCACAGGCUACAGCUUGACCGCAAAGAAUGUGUGGCUGAGAGUUGCGUCUGACCGUAGGCCCUUUCUCAAUUCAACUACGGACUGAAUUGUUGGGGAUUUUGUUGCUUUGAGUACUGACAUGCUUGUGCUCCUUCAUCACGAGGCCUGACUGAAGACAUACUUGCAGUAUCCAUGCCACAAAUACAUCAUCUUACUGUUUUAUAAAGUAUUUAAUAUGAAUCACACAAAUGCACUUCAAGAGGAAAACAAACUUCUUUAUCUAAAUGUUUUGCUAGUAUUAGGUCACAUCACUAAAAUGGAAGGAAGCAACAAGUAAAGCGUGCACCUCUUCAACCCCACAGAGCACCAUCUUACCAGUGGACUUAAAUUUAUUGAUUUACCUUGUUGUAAGAUGUUCCUGAAAGGGAAAGAGGACAGAGAGCUCAUGUGUGCAAACAAUGGACUAAACCACUGCUGUCUGAGAGCAAAAUCCACCUUAUUAUUCUCCAGCACUGCUUCAAUAUGAGUCACCUCUCAGUGGGAUGUAACCUGAAGGGGACGAGGCAUUGAAGAGAGGGAAUGAAAAGUACGACUGAAAAGCUCCGUUACCGAAAGAACCUCUGAUUCAACGCCAAGAUUAGACAUUUACCCUCAUUAGAAAUUAAUUUCAGUGGGUUUUAAUUCUAUCCAGAGCAUCCGUAAAGUGAUUUACCUCUCUUUCAAAGGUUUUCCGAGUUUACAUCACAGCAGCAUGGCCUUUAAUACCGCUUCACCUCACAUGGCAAAAAAAAUCAGACAGCUCAUUCUCUGGAAAAUGCAAAUUGUGAGGAAGGCUUUCUUUCUGCAGUAAAGUGAUAGUUCCUGUUUUGAAGUGAGGUUCUUUGGAACAGUUAUAAGCAGUUGUAUUGUAGAUAGUUCUCUGAACAGCCUCAGUUUGGGUAAUUAGUUUCAUUUUGGACAGAUUGAUGAGCCGAGCCCAAAAUCAAGGUUCAAGGAUCUUUAUUGUCAUUCGCAUCACAAGUGGCACAUGAGGUGGAAUGAAAUUGUGUACACAGGG